AUGUCAACACUUUCUCCAUCCGUUGAGGCCGCCUCUGACGAAGUGUAUCCUCUAUCCAACAGCAACAACCUCGACGACAAUGUCCACGCGGCUGACAAUCCGGCAAACGAAGAGAGAGAUACAUACUCUGUAUUAGUACUGGGCACAAGUAUGUUGGUGCCACGAACUUAUGACCCUGAUACAUACGAUUUUGAUGCACGAAUGCCGUGGACGCCUGAGCCAGAACCCUAUGAUCCUGAAACCUAUUCAGCUUGGGGCAGAAAGCACUUCGGCGAAGAGUGGUACCAACUGCGGAAAGUUAUGCUCGAGGAAAGGAAUCCCCAUGAUAGGCGUGAUCCAGUGUACGGGGCGCGUCAGCGAGCUCUGAGGGUGAUGGAGCACCAGGCUGAAGGGCGACCUUUUAAACCAGCCUCUGGAACCUUACACGUUGAUGAAACCGAUGAAGGCUGGAAGCGCUUGUGGGCUCGAAUGUCCAACAACGAGUUAGGCCUUCCGCGCAGUCCCUCCCCACCUCCGGCACCUCCGACACCUCCAGCACCUCCGACACCUUCGCCACCAAGCGACAGCUCUGGGUCUCGCGAACCAACGCCUAUUCCGACAAACCAAUGGGAAUAUGUAGAGUACAUGCGAACGCAUGAUGACUUGACUGAGGAGGAUUAUCACUUCCAUAGGUUCUUUGUAAGGGAGGAGAUCAUAGACAGGGCUAGGUCGCGACGUGAAAAUGAGCCGGGUAACAGGCAAGCCCGCGAGAAACGCGAGCUAAUGGAAAGCUUUCGCCAGUGGGAUCUUGAUCGGUUCCAUCUUGAAGAAGACAACAUCCGGGACCAUAUCAACCUGCCCAAGAAGGGCUGGACGCAGGCAGAGAUUGUUGCUGUGUAUGAAGCGGACGUGGCCUUCCUUGAAUGGUCACGGGGUAAUCCUGUACCAAGAGAAUUUGGUUAUUUCAGCAAGGAUGUAUCCCCGGAAGAAGAAGCCGCUUCGGCCAGCUAUUCCCAGCACGACGCCUGGAAUUGCUUCUACGGAUCGCAGCCUCCCAAAUUGCCACCUGACACUCAUUUGGGCGUAUGGAAUCUGGGUGUAUGGGAUCUCUGGCGCAAAGGUACCUACGGUCGCAUCUCCCGCCGGCGACGGCGAGAGGCCCUGCUGUCUGAUGCUAAGCGCGAUGCUGCAUCAUGUGCAGAAGAGUUGGAAAGAAUUGAGGGCGAAGAACAGAGAGACCGUGAGGCUCUAGAAAGGGCCAGCAAAAGGUCAACAGAAUUGACACAAAAGGCAGAUAGAACUACCCAUCUACUGUCACCUCAAGAUCGGGCGGAAUGGACACGUAGGCGCUGCAUGUCGAAUCUUACCGGUUUCGGUCUCAUUCCCACCUACCUCGCUCACAAGUACGGUUCCUUCCCAAGAGUCAAAGGAACAGAAUUAACGCCGCAGCCGCCAGCAAAAGUCCCCAAAGCAGGCGGGACAGGCGAUGCUCCAGGUGCUCACACGCGGGAAGCAGUGGCGCACUCGUCAGCAACGAAACCUCAACCAGCGAGAGGCACUCUUCGCAAAACUUGCAGCGGUCGGAUCACCAAGAACACAUUGACGCAAGCGGAAGCCUCGACACGAGCAGCAUCCCAACGCCACAGCAGGCAGCGCAAGACGUAUAAGAAGGAGCGGGCAAGCCGAAGGCUCGCGAAGCUGGAGCCUGAGUACGGGAUGCUAGACAAUGCUAGAAGGAAGUGA